GUCAUCUCUCGUUCGUUCACCCCGAAUCUCAGUAAUUUGGUGCCUGAACGGUGAACCAAAAUGGUCAAGUCCGGACCAUGCCGACAAAUCAAAUUGCCUCACAACUCAAACGACCUUUCCAAUGGACCGUAUUGUCGCUGCCCAGCAGCAAGCAAAUAGACGCGACUUGACUUUACGAAAACUCGAAGACAAUCUUUCGCCAGCGCUCAGUUGUAAAUUCCCUGUAUCGUUCAAUGCCGAAGGAGUGCAAAGAUGUCAAUCUCAAUCAGACGCAAUAAAGCUUGUUGGGUACUUUCAACGGGCACCAGAGAAUAACUUAGAGAAAAUGGCCGAGGAAUUGACUUUGGAUGAGGGAGAUGGAGAGGAUGAGCGCGAAUUGAGUUCAAUUUAUCAAGCUCACGGCAACAUCAACAGCGAUUCAAUCAGCGUAUACUCCACUCCUAGCAAACGACAGAAAGGGAGAUCAAACGUUGCCAAGUCAUGGCUUCUGGGUUGGUUGAUACACGUCGGAUUACUUCAUUGUCAUAUCAGCCAUACCACGCCCUACGCCAAUCUCCUCAUCCAGCUUGCUCAUGUCCUUUUGCCCAAUGCAACAAAGACAACAGACCAUAUCCUCACCUUCUAUGAAUUUAUCCUUGGAAUGCCAUUUCGUUCAUUGUGUAUUCACAGCAGACUGUUUCUUAUACCUCUGCGCAAUAAUCUUCACUCGGCUUUCGACGAUCACCUUUUUAUCAUUCUUCCCCAUCUUGAACUGCUCAAAGCGAUGGUUCUUUAUUUUGAAGCCGUAGUAGGGAGACGAACGAGGCGUGGCAAAGAGAGACAGAGUAUGUGGGUGGAGAUGAGAAACGGAACUCUUCCAGGUUUCGACAAAUUUACAGACGGAAGCAUCUUUAAAUGCAUUCUGAUUCCACAUCCCUCCGCAAUCACUGAAGUUCAGGAAGACCUUGCUUAUCCAGGAUUCCUCUUCACGCACACCUCUCCAUUUGCUCUGCUGCUGAAUGCUUUCCGCUCCCUGCAUGUCUGGGCCACUCACCAAGGUCUUCGUGGCACCGAUGGGCUAUCUUGUUUACCUUCAGAGAUGCUCAUUACAGCUCUUCGAAAAUUGCCGAUUCGGGAUAUAGAAGCCUCUAACAUUGUUACUGAGGUCAAGAAUAUAUACGAGUCCAUUCAGGAUCUCCUGACACUUUAUCAUGGUGAGCGAGGCAAGGCUUGGUUGGCAGCCUGUAAUGAGAGAGACAAAGCCGGCGGUCCCAAACGGGGUAAUGGUGGAAAUGGAAACUCAGGUGACUCUGGUGGCGCUGGCAGCAGCCCUGACGCUUUCAAUCGGCGCCUCCAAGAACAUGGUCUUCAGGCAUUAGAGUUUAGCGGAGGUACUGGAAGUUCCAGUGGCGCAAUGCAGGCAGAGCCUCAGGAAGGGAUGGUUGUUUCCCUCUUGUCCGUCGAAGUAGGCUCAGUCUGGAGCGCUGAUUCCCUUGACCAUGGAAUCGUUGCAGCUCGACCAGGUGUCGCUGAUUCUUGUGAUGGUCUGUCUCCAGCGCAGCAGAUUGCGAACGGCUGGAACAGUGCAAUUCCCGAGCCGCUUGGUCCGCUCCAUCGCUCACAUACUCCAUCAACAACCACCCAAGCACAGUCGUCCUCUCUCACCGUUGUCGGUGAACCUCUGGGAAUCGCCAAAACCUCACACGUACUAUAUCAAGCAAUAAAGAUGCCAUCACGCGUUUUGCUGAAGAGAGCAAGAAAGAAGAUGCAGAUGGUAGUUGAACAGAUGCUUGGAGGACUAUAGCGUCACCUUGGUCUAUAAUCUAUAUUAGCUGAAUUGCAUCUUCCGUUGUUUCAACCUGCCCAUGAUAAUGUGGUGUCAAAGUGGAUGGUGCAGUUAGAAUCAGCGACACGCUGAUGCUCCAACUUAUGAGUGCAUAGUAUACCCUUCAAGGUGUUUAUAAAUUAUCAACCUUUCAUAUUUGAUAUGAGUACCUACAGAUA